UUGGCAGUCAACAGUUGGCAACACCAUACACGCCAUUUUGUAUUGUGAGCAUGUUGAUAUGCUCUUAAAAAUGAUUUUAUUUCUGAUUGAAGAUAUUUUUAAUAGUUAAUUAAGUUCUUGAGUGCAAUAAAGUGAAUUGCAAAAAUGGAUAAGUCAGAAGUAAAAGCGUUCAACGCGGAGUUAUCCGGGUUGUACGAAAACAAGCCCCCAAUUUCAAAAGCGAAGAUGAGUGCUAUAACAAGAGGUGCUAUAAAGGCGAUAAAGUUUUACAAGCAUGUUGUACAUAGUGUUGAAAAGUUUAUACAAAAAUGCAAACCAGAAUACAAAGUUCCGGGGCUUUAUGUGAUAGAUUCGAUUGUGAGACAGUCAAGACACCAAUUCGGCCAGGACAAGGAUGUGUUUGCUCCGAGGUUUGCUAAAAAUAUGCAACAAACCUUUGCUAAUCUCUUCAGAUGCCCUCCUGAAGAUAAGCGGAAUAUAAUAAGAGUACUGAACUUAUGGCAGAAGAAUAAUGUGUUUGGUUCUGAUGUUAUUCAGCCCCUAUUGGAUAUGGCUGACCCUAAUCAUCCUCUACAUCAGGAAAUUCAACAACAGCAAAACAAUGCUGCCAAUGGGAGUUCAUUAAAUAAUACACACAAUGUCUCUGACAAUAAAAUAUCUCCAGGCCCUGCAUCGCAGCAUACUCCACAUGGAUCAUCACCAAUGGGAGGGGAUCAGUUCCAGGAUGACUCAUCUGGACCACCGCCGGCAAAGUUCAAUAGAAAAUUGCUGAAUGAUUUUGAAUAUGAGAGCGGGGAUGACACACCUAUGGCAGAAUCUACUCCACCCCAACACAACCCACCACACUCCAAUACCCAGAAUAAUGUACAGCAUAUCCAACAUAUGCAGAAUAUUCAGCCUCCACAUCAAAGUCAUAAUCCAGCUGAUGCGUUAGGAAGUAUCUUAACAAACCCUGAAAUUAUGAGGCAACUGCAGAGUUUGCAAGCUCAGAUGCAGUUAGUAGCUGGGAUGCAAAAUAUACCUAAUUUAAUGCCAAUGAUGACAGACAUGCAGAUGCAACAAAAUCCGAAUGCAUCACUUCCUUUCCUCAAUUCACAUAAUGAACAAUCAAUGAUGCCAGAGGGCAAGGACGACAUGGCAAAUGAAUCAGACAUAGAGUUUGUAGAUUCUGGUCCACAAGUCAUUGAAAUACCAGAUGCUAAUGAUUCUAGAAGUCCGUCGCCAAAGUCUCGUCGGCGGUCACGGUCGCCUCGCAGACGGAGACGAUCUCGAUCGCGCUCUCGCUCGCCGAGGCGACGGCGGGACAGAGAUCGAGAAAGGGAUAGAGAUAGAGACAAGGAUAAGGAGAAAAGCCACAAAGAACGGGAAGCAGAGAAAGAAAAACAGAGAGAGAGAGAGAAAAAGGGUUUACCUCCAAUUAAAAAAGAAAAUUUAAGCGUGUGUAGCACAACGCUUUGGGUGGGUCAUUUAUCGAAGCUGGCAACCCAGGAAGAAUUGUCGGACUUAUUCGGUGCUUUCGGUGGUCUCGUCUCCGUAGACCUAGUUCCGCCUCGCGGCUGCGCUUUCGUGGUCAUGGAGCGUCGCCGUGAUGCAGCCAGGGCCAAACAAAAGCUCGAUAGACAUAAAUUGCAUUCUAAAGAAAUUACUGUGGCGUGGGCAGCGGGUAAGGGCGUAAAGGGUCGUGAAUGGAAGGACUAUUGGGAAGCAGAACUGGGCGUGGCCUAUCUCCCGUGGUCUGCUCUACAUGCCCGCUGGGUGCUGGGUGCGCUUUCUUUAGACGCAUUGGAAGAGGGCGGGGCUGUUGAUGAAGAAACUCUUCCGCCUUGGUUGCCUCCACGGAUUUUACCAAAAACGAUGCCAGAUAUUCCAAUGAUACCUGGCCUAACACCGGUAUCCGGUCCAGGUAUGCUCAUUCCGGGGCCAGGAAUGCCCGGUCCUGGGCCCAUGCCGGGAAUGCCCAAUUUAGCCAAUAUGCCCAAUAUGCCUAACAUGGCAAACAUGGCCAACAUGCCCCCAACUAGCAUGGCCAUGGGUGGACCACCUCCAGCGAGCAUUCCCUUACCAGUUCCGAGGAUGCCACCACCUGGAAUGGGUCCUGGUUUGCCUGCGGGUAUGCCUCCAGGGAUGAGGCCUCCGAUGCCUGCGCCGUUACCAGGAGUACAAGGAGAGGGAUCGCUAUUAGGCUUUCCGCCAUCUUUGCCGCCACACACAUUACCACAACCCGGUAUGGUGGGAAGUUUCCUCGGUGGGCUAAUGGGAAUGGGAGUAGGCGGAUUAAUGUUGCCUCUACAUGCGCACGCGCAUGCGCAACUUAAUGCGCAACCGCCACAGCAUACGCAGCCGCCGAUGCAGUUACAACAGCAGCAGCAACAAUCUGAAGUGACGGGUGCCGACGAUGCAAUGGAACUGGACACAGAAGAUCACCUCGAUCAGACGGAUAACCACAUCGACGCCACGCCUUCGAAUAUGCUGCCCGAUCAGUUACAAGCGCUCAUGUCUAAGCCGCCACCAGCUUUUAAUAGCUUUGAACCGCCUCCUGGCUUCAAUCCGGAAGGAUUCGAUGCGAGUCAACCGCCCCCUGAUGAUAAAAGAGAUGAAGAGAGACGUGAGCGGGACAGACGAGAUCGCGAUAGAGAUAGAGACCGACGUGGAGACAGAGAUAGGCGAGAUGGAAGAGAUGUAAGAGAACGAGACAGGCGGGACAGGAGGGAAGGUGACAGAAGAGGAGAUGGGCGGGACAGAGAAGGUAACCGGGAACGUGAUGAUCGUCGAGAUAGAGAUCGCGAUAGAGGAAGAGACAGAAGAGAUCGAGACCGGGACAGGGAUAGAGAAAGGGACCGAUUCAAUAGCCGGGAAAACAACGCUGAAAGAAUUCGGGACAAAUCACCGCGCAACGAGCAAAAUGAGAAAAGUCUUCAAGAGCGUUUAUGGGAGAUGGCCAAUGGAAAACCGGAAAAGGGAGAUGAGAGAAACAUGGAGGAACCAGGCGAUGAGUCUGCCCAAUCUGAUAUUCCUCCAUUGCCAGACCGACCAGAAAAUCACCAGCCUGAUAAGGGAAGCGAAUCUACAGAGGAUAAUGAAGGCGGAUGGACGCAGGUGCCACCUCCAAGACAAAUGGCGCCGGGUUUCCGUGCUGAACUAAGAAUGAGGGGCCCUCCGCUCAGACCACCCAAUAGAGGAUCGUGGAUGGAACAAGGACCCGGUGGUCCAGGAGGGCCGGGGCCGUUUGGUCCAAGGUUUAGUAUGGGACCACCGUUUAACAGACCACCUUUCGAAGGACCGGGUCCUAUGUUUGAGAGACCACCCUUCAAUCGAAUGUCAUUUGAUAAUAGGCCGCCCUUUGAUGGUCCACGACCGCCUUUUGAUGGUAUGAGACCACCGUUUGAUGGGCCCAGGCCGCCAUUUGACGGACCAAGGCCCCCGUUUGACGGGCCCAGACCUCCAUUUGAUGGCCCGAGACCUCACUUCGAUGGCCCUAAUUCACGUCCUCCAUUCGAUGGACCGAGACCCCAUGGACCCCGGCCCCCUUUUGACGGCCCCAGGCCGCCCUUCGAUGGCCCCAGGCCGUCCUUCGAUGGCCCCAGGCCGCCCUUUGAUGGUCCCAGGCCGCCCUUUGAUGGUCCCAGGCCGCCCUUUGAUGGUCCCAGGCCGCCCUUCGAUGGCCCCAGGCCUCCCUUUGACGGACCGAGGCCUCACUUUGAUGGCCCUGGACCCAGACCUCCUUUUAGCGGGUCUAGACCGCCUUUUGACGGUCCGCGCCCGUCAUUCGAUGGGCACCGGCAAUACGAUAGCUUCGAUGGAGAAAGGCCGUUUGAUGGCCCAACUGAGUAUCGAAAUAGAAGAUUCGAUGACAGAGAACAGUUUGAUAGAAAUUGGAACAGGGAAAGGGACAGAGAAUGGGACAGAGAUAGAAGAAAUGAGUGGGAUGACAGAAGGCGCGAUAGAAGAAGUGGAGGAAACGUAGAACACGAAGACAGGUUCAGAAAUGAUAGGAGAAGGAAUAAUGACGACAGAGGGCGGCCGCGUGAUGAGAAGCCCAAAGAAGACAAACCAUUGAAAGAUGAUAAAUCAACUAAAGAGGAUAGAUCAUCUAGAAGAGAUAAAGAUAGAAAAUCUAGAUGGGGAGCAGCUGAAGAGACAAGUCAACCAGUUGAAGAACAAAGAACAAAUGAUCAAAUAGAUAAUCAAAAUGAAAGUGUCGUUGAAACUAGUCUAAGUGAGCAUCUGGCUGAUAGAAACUUCAGUAAUGAAAACAAAUUAGAAGAAGUAAUUGAAAAUAAUGUUACAAAUGAAGAGAGUAGUUUAGAAAAUAACGCGUCCGAACCUUUUAAUUCAGAGGUUCCCGACACGCAAGAGUCGCAUGUUAAUCGUAGCGAUGACGAAUAUGAAAAUAAGGAAGAUAGUUAUAAUGGAAACAACAAAAUUAUUGAAGAAGAAAAGCAAAGUAAUGUUGCACCGAGUCUUUACGAUGCAAGUGAUGAUGUACAACCUGUUUUUUCAGUUGCAAAAGAAGAAAAUGAAGUGCAAAACGAUCGAGAAGCCAUAUCAGAAAAUAAUGAUCGUGAAAUCAUAUCAGAAAAAAACGAGAAUAGUGAUGAUAUCAUUAAUGAAAAAUGUGUUCAAGAGAUCGAAGCGAAUGAGCCAUUGGAGAAACCUGAAACUAAAGAAUGUAAAGGGGGAAAUGAUUGACGUCGGCGAAUAAAGUUCGGGUAUUUCCAGUGGAAUUGAUUCGGGUGACGCGAACGGGCGCACAGCCCUUACGAAACACAGUUACGCAGUGUUGCCAGGUCUUUGUCGGUUUCUAUGUCCGGACUAGAUUCGAUAACUUUGUGACAAAGUUUUGCUGUUUUUUAUUUAUUAAAAAAUUAUUUUGUUAAUUGUAUAAGUUGAUUGUCAUAAGAUGACAACAUUUUUGUAGAUCUGGCGGCACUGGUCAGCUGCAAAUAGAUUUUAACGCAGAUUUAUAACGCCAAAGAUAAUUUUAUACAAUAUACGAUUGAAAUAAAAUGAGUGCCUUA